AUGUUUCACAAGUCCGAAACAGACAUUAUCGAAGAGAAUGAUUGGGAUUGGUUUGGCUUACGUUUUUGUGAAGAAUAUGAGGAAGAAGAAGGUGGGGGAGAUGACAUGGGGGAUACAGUUGAUGAAGGUGGUGGAGAUGCCAUGGGGAAUACAGUUGAUGAAGGUGGGACAUCAAGUCCGGAAAAGACGGAAAUGGCAACUCACGAAAUAAAGGAUACCAACCAAUUUUGUAAGUAUGAUUUAUACGAAAACCCAUUGUUGUUGAGUAGAGAUGGCAUGGUUGGCCAUGUUUUUCAAUCACUGGACAUGGUUGAAGAAUUCAUUCAUGAAUAUGCAAGAUUCAUUGGGUUUAGCCUGCGUAAAAGUAUCAUGCGAAAAAAUACUACAGGUGAUGUACGUCAACGUCAGUGGGUAUGCUCUCGCGAGGGCUGGCGGUCUGAAAUGCAUGUGCGAAGGCUUGAUAGAACUAGGGAGCCUAAGCCAAUUAGUCGAGUGGGAUGCAAGGUUUGCUUUCGAUUGAACUUGGUGAAGGGUAGUAGGAAUUGGAUACGCAAAGAAUUCAUCCCAAUUCUUUCUCACAACGUUGUAGCAGACAACCAUAAACAAUUCCUUCGGUCCAAUCGGGUAAUCUCAGAAGGAACCUUGACGACUGCACAAAUAAUGAAGGAGUCAGGCAUAAGAACUUGCCACAUCAUGUCGUACAUGGCAAAGCAAAUGGGUGGGCGGGCAAUCAGAUAUUUGGAGCAUAAAGCUGAUGAGGACCCUGGUUUUUUUGGACAGUUUUCGUACAAUGAGGAUAAUCGUCUUCUUAAUUUAUUUUGGGCAGAUGGGAGAUGUAGAUCAGACUAUGAAACAUAUGGCCAUGCAGUAGCUUUUGAUUCGACGUACAAGACUAAUAGUUAUGGGAAGUCGCUGCUGAUAUGGAUAGGAAUUAAUAACCACUGUAGAACGUGCAUUUUGGGCUUUGCCGUUCUUAACAAUGAGUCUGGCAGCAGCUACAAGUGGGCGACAAGGGCUUUCCUGGAAUGCAUGGGAGGUGUUCUACCCAAAACAGUAGUGACAGAUGGAGAUGAAGCUAUUGCUAACACGCUAGAGGAGUUGAUGCCUGAUGUACCCCACCGAUUGUGUUAUUGGCAUUUACACAACAAAGCGGUUUUAAAAGUGAAAGAUCCAUCUUUUGCGAGCAGGUUUACCAAAUUGGUAUUCCGGUACUACACAAAGGACGAGUUUGAAGAUGAAUGGUGCACUUAG